CAGGCUUUCUCAGUUUCCAGGUGCAGGUGCGUGAAGCAGGGACGUCAAAGGGGAUCAUGGCAGCUUUCCUCUCUUUGGUGCAACUCCUCUUCAUUGGGACACUAAUCGUACCAGCGUAUUCAGAGACAGAAAGAUGUGGUUGGCUCCUGAAUGCAACUGCAAGCGAUUUCACUUUAAGCACGUUACCCACAGCAUACCAGGCAAACACAACCUACCUAGUUACAAUAAGGGACAACAGAAAAGCCAGUGACAGCACGGAUGUGAUCAACUAUUUCCUGCAAGCUGUAUCACCAGAAAAUGCCUCCACAGGAGAAUGGAAAGUGGCAGACAAGGAGAACUGCAGUGACAUAGACACAGCAAUAUUAAAUGUCACUCAGCAAGCAGCAAACUGGACAUCUUCAGUUAGUAACAUUUCUUCUGUGGAAAUCAGGGCAUAUAUUGUCUUCGCUGAUAGAUCCGCUGUGUUCAAGGCUGUGACUCUGAACAAAGCACCAGAAACAACCACGCUGCCGACAUCCACCACCCACAACUCCGUCCCUGUGGUCCAGAGCAGCUCCUUCUUCAUAGCUGUCAUUCAGCUGCCGCUGCUCCUUGUCACAAGCAGACUGCUCUCCUAAACGUCAGGUAGCGAAGACGACCCACCUGUGCUGCACCUUUCCUCCAUGGCUGAGGUUUGCAUGGGAGGGCAGGCAGCUGAUCUACUCAGGAAACUACCCACCUCUUCGUGUGUCAAGAUGAUAACUGCACUUCUACAUUAAAUUAUAAAGAUCUGUUUGAGCACAGAGCUGACAAUCCCCUCACUCCCCUUGUCCAGAGCCAGGGAUCCCAGCAAGAUGAAAUGUUUGGUAGCAAGUCAGAGACCACUCCGUUCGAGCCUUUCGGUGAGAUGGUCAAGAGCAGGUCCCGUCUACCAAAGAAACGCUGCGUGAAUUAAUUCCUUCCUCGUCACCUGAGGUUCUGUGAAGCACAACAAAUCAUGAAAAUGCUUAAGAGAGAAAAGGCCCUCUUCUCAUCAGGGCACCGGGAUCUGCUGAGAAGCUCAAGGAGGGGUCUGCUUUCGGCUGUGCAGCCCAGUACGUGUGUACAUGUGUCUAUGUGAGCCCCGGUGACAGUCCGGCACAGACAGCCCCAGUACAUUCACCAAAACCACUGGAAGCAGAAUUGAACCCAGGAGGGGGAAUCCUGGGUUUAGAAUUCACAUGCCCCAGCCAGUUUAAAACCUCCAGGGCAAGCACAGAGAAAAUAAGUGUGGCCACCAACCGGGGGAGGAAACCCCUCACCAGGACAAGCUGGAGAUCCUGCUGGCAGCAUAUCCCCCAUAAAGGUCCAGGCAUUUGGAAUUAAUGCUCCAUACUGUGAUUUGGUCCAGCGUCCUCUAAAUUUUGUUAUUCACUGGGUGCCUUACAAAGUUUCGCUGGUUUUCUUCUGGCUUUCUGGAAUAGCAGAGGGGUUCUUUUAAUCAACAGCCGAUUUUGCUGUAGGGCAAGAUUGCAUGGGCCACUGAAUGUCUUGAUUAUUUUAUUAUGGUUUGUAUUUUUAUGUGGAUGGUGUUUAUUUAGGAAUUUUCAAACUUCUGUAAAGUAAUGUUUUGUUAAACUGAUCUAAAUAAAUUAAAGAAUCAAAGCUG